AAGAUGCACAAAUAGUAUUACAGUUAAUCGUUGACAAUUAACUUAUUGAUUUGAUUGUAGAAGGAUAAAUGUUUCCAAUUAAAUUGUUUCUUCCGUUGAUUUUACUAAUCAUUGGAUUUAAAUGUUCACAAUGUUUAAAGUUAACAAACACUGAGCUUGAUACUUACUGGAAAAGUUACAAGGCCCAACAUGGUAAACGAUUUACUUUCGAUGCCGAUGAUUAUUUCCGUAAACAUGCAUUCGGAAUGAAUCUGAACAAAAUUCUGGAGCACAAUACACACGCUGAUUUGGGACUAAAAGGUUAUAAGUUAAAGUUGAAUAAAUUUGCCGAUCAAACUACUGGUGAGAUGAUUAAACGUCGAACUGGCCUUUCCUCGACCAAACUACAAUCCGCCUCUUUGAAAAUCUACAAACCAAAAAGUUCAAUGUCAAAGGUUAACGUUGUAAAUUCAAGUGAAUUCACCUUUGACUGGAGGUCAUAUGGAAUUGUUAAUAAACCGAUUGACCAAGGUGAAUGUGGUGCUUGUUGGGCUUUCGCUGCAGCCGCGGCUAUUGAAGGACAAUGGGCAUUGGCUACAGGUCAACUGGUCAAUUCUUCCGUUCAACAAUUGAUUGAUUGUUCUUGGUCAACUGGGAAUGAAGGUUGUGCCGGAGGUAAUAUGUUAGGUGCCUUUUUGUAUCUCGGAGAGGAAAAGUUUGUCAAUGGUCAAGAUUAUCCUUACCUUGGUAAAGACUAUGUUUGUCUUGAUGGUAAAAUCAAAUCUAAAUAUGGUAAAGUCAAAUCGAUUGGUUUUAUCGAUUCACUUAAUGAGACUCAACUUGCUUUAGCGGUACGAGAAAUUGGCCCGAUAACUGUCGCAAUCGAUGCUGGGUCACCUUAUCUCAUGUUUUACUGGGAAGGUAUUUACGAUGACCCAGAUUGUACCACGGCGGUCAAUCAUGCCGUCACGAUUGUCGGUUAUGGUACUGAUUCCAAUGGUCAAGAUUAUUGGAUAGUUAAAAAUAGUUGGGGCUCUGAUUGGGGUGAUAAUGGUUACAUUAAGAUGCGAAGAGGUGUCAAUCUUUGCGGAAUUGCCGAAAGUCCAAUUUACGCGAUUUUAUCGUGAUUAAGGCCAAAUUCAGUUCCAUGUUAAUCAAUUAGAUCAUCUAUACAUUUACAAUUCUAAUUAUAUUAUUAUUAUCAUGGUUAUCUUUUAAUGUAUUCAAAUGAUUAACAGUAUCUCAAAUCAGUUGAGGUCACAUUGAAAUAUUAAUGAUUUUGGUCAACAAUUUAUUGAUCUAAUUGAUGACAAUUAAGAGUAAUAAAACAAACUAACUAUAGGUGUUAAUUGAUUA